GUUGCCAUGGUGAUCAAUUCGACAACAAGUGGCGAUACGUCGGCGUCGUCGGUGCGCCUGAACAAAAUCCUCCGCCGAUUAAAAAAAAGGUCUGGGUUUUAAGGGCCGUUUUUUGCCCUUUCAAAUGUGUGAGGGACCUUCCACAAUAUCUGGGCCAAUCCCCCCAGAUCCCUCGCUGCUCCCUCACUACUACAAACGACCUGCUUCAGCUCGUGGUCGUUUAGAAGGAAACCAUGAUAAGACAGUGGCCCUUCUCCUGGGUCCACUUGCUCCAGAUCCUGUCUUAUACCCAGACAGCUACAGUGCUCGCACACCAUCCUGCCGCCCCCGCAUUGGCCCUAACGCUACUCAUAUUCUGGAACAUGGACAGAGAGGGAUCGUGGGAGAGCUGCUAAAACUCGAGGGCUUCUCUGGAACUCCUGUUCCCAAACAGAAACAGAAAGUACAUGACUUUGGUAAGGAGAAUGUACGUCGACUCCGGGAGAUCCAGAGACGCUGCAAAGAACAGGAGGCUGAGAGAACCCAGACCCGUCCCGUCCCAGUCAAAGCUCUAUGGACCUCCGCAAAAUACCAGAACGUCCCGUCUAGGGUGAUGACUCAUUUAGAGGUUUCUAGUCCAUCUGUGAAGCCUGAGUGUCAAAAGUUUCUAAAGGCCCACUCUAAAGGUGGCCCGUCCACGUUACCACGCCCUUCCACUGUGGCUUUGCAGCGCCCAGCCCCCUCUAGUUCUACACAGGACCAUGACUUCAUGGUGCAAGGUCAGACUAUAGACUUUGUGAAACAUAAUGCCCGGGCUGCAGGAAAAACGACCCUUCGUCGUUCACAGUCACUGACAAACCUCAGGGACAAACCCGUCCCCAGUGCAGUCAAGGGCCAAGUGCCUCAGUAUCUCGAAGAAAGAAAGGAGCAGUGGCGGAAAGAGGAGGAGGAGAAGAAGAGGAAUGCACCUGACCCUACGGUCCCAGCUGGUCACACGUUGAUGCCUGAGAGCGAGAGACAGGAGACACUCAAGUCUCUGAAAGACACCCACCGCUCAUUGGUGACCAAGCUGCUCUCCCUCCCCUUAAAGGCCGACAGUCUAAGUGUUCGCACACGCCGGGCUCAGCUUGACUGUAGGCUCUCUGAAAUUGAGGAGGCCAUAAAAAUUUUCUCCAGGGAUAAGGUUUACGUCAAAAUUAACUCCUAGCACACAAGGAGGAUGAGAUUCCCCUGUAAAUUAGCCAUUUAAAACAAAUAUUUUGAUGUUAACAUCAAAAUACACUCUUAUGGAAAAUAUAAUUAUUUAUUGUUGAGGAUGGAUUUUUUUUAAUAUGAAAACUUUUAUAGUAAUUUCAGAAUGUUACAUUUUGAAGGUUGCUCAAAGUCAAUAGCUUUAACAUAAUACUAGAAAUUGCUAGUUCUUGAUGAAUAUGCUGUCGUCCUGUGUACGAAUUAAGAGCUAUGGUGGCUCUCAAAAGUGUACACAUUCCUAUGAAAAUAAAGCUAGAAUAAAGUCACAUUUAUCCUGUAGAAUUCAACUCACAGUGGAAUGUAUAUAUAUAUAUAUAUAUAUAUAUAUAUAUAUAUAUAUAUAUAUAUAUAUAUAUAUAU